AUGAGCUCGGUGCCGGGGCUGCAGGUGGAUUGCGAGGAGCUGCUCGGCGCCUUCCAGGAGGCCGACACCGUCCGCUUCGAGCGCUUCGCCGAGCUGUGGCGGGGGGGCCGCUUCAUUUUUGUUUACUUUAGUGGUAGAAUAAGAGCUUUGGAGAGAAAUAAGCUCACAAAGGAGACUCUGGAACUGGCACAGCAGUACUUCUUGCCCCCAUAUGCUUUCCAGAUUCGAGUUGGUGCUCUGUACCUUUUGUACGGGCUCUAUAAUACUCAGCUUUGUCAGCCAAAACAAAAGAUCAGAAUCGCGCUCAAGGAUUGGGCUGAAAUCCAGAGAUUUCAACAGGAUCUGAUAGACUCACAACAUUAUGAUGCAGCAUACAUCUUUAGGACGUUGCGACUUGCCAGAGCGUUCCAUUUCACAGCAAUGCCUAAGCUACUAAACUACAGAACUAAGAAGAAGAGUGAGGAGAAUGAAUUUAAAGAAGAAUUUAAGGACCCAAGUAACAGAGUAAACAGCCUCAUCACUAAUGAUGUAUUGGAGGAACUGAUGAAUAUUCAUGACCAUUAUCAGAAAAUGAAAUGUGUCAUUUCAGCUGACAAAUCCCAGCCAGACAAGGCCCUGAGCUUGAUAAAAGAUGAAUUUGUAGUUAAUCUUAAAGAUAUAACCUUGGAACAUCAGGAAUGGCAGCGGAACAGAAUGAAAUUAUUCCUAAAUGCUAAAGAAACUGAUGAAACAUCAAACAAAAAGGGAGAAGAGACUUUGCUGGAAUCAGAGGGUUCUGAAAGAGCAAAUGCAUUGGCUAAAAUCAAAUACAGGUCUUACUCUGCAGUUGUUGAGGCUUCCAAAUCCAGAAGACAUCGCCAAGUAAAAUUAGAAUCUUCUGAAUCAGGAUCGAAUUAUGGGAAAUCUCCAAGCCGAAGUAAAAAAAACAGUAGGCGACCACAGCCAGAGAGGAGAAGAGAUUCUUUGGAAAUCAAAGGUGAAAUGCGAGGGGCAAAGGAAACUGUUACUCAGCAUAUUGGGAUGCCUGUAAUCACAGAAGAAGAGAACUCAGAUGAAGAAGAAGUAUCUCUCCCCAAGAAGAAAAGAAGAUGUUAG